UUGAUCAAAACUUUGCACAUUGGUGUGUUUCUGAAACCUGGUUAGGAUUGCAAGACAGCCUUGAAGAAGAUGCAAGAAGAGUGCCGUUGUCCUCAGAGCUCGAGGGCUAUGGCUGAUGAGAAGUCUCGGCUUCUUCAGCAGAUUGCCAAACUUGAGGAAGAGGAACAAUCCUUCAAAAAUCAAAUCGCGAGACAGGCAGAAUGCCUCAAGAAAAUGGAAGGGCUACAGUUCUCAGUGGAACAGGCAUCGGUGAAUCUGCAGAUGUUGAAGCAUCGGCUUGAAGAGCAGCAGAGAGUUGUCGAUGGACUUGACAUCGCCUCAAAGAAAGAGUCCUCUUCCUUUAAGAUGCAAGGAUCUGGUCCCGGAGUUUGCGACAGCCAUAACUCUCUUUCAGGUCUAAUACUUGCUGUCAGCGCGGCAAUAGCUCAAGCGGAGAGAGACCUAGAGUCUAGCGAGAAUGAAAGAGGCAGGGUGUUUACGUCGCUGAAGACAGCGAUGGAAGCAAGAGAAAAUGCAUCCAGAGCGGUCUCCUGUAUCGAUGCGAGCUUGCGCAAAAACCUGCAGCGUCUGCACUUGGCAAGAAAAGAGCUGGAUGCUCUUUCUGCACCAACAGACCCUCCUACACACAGUACAAAUGCCGGCGCUGUUACUGGGGGCGGCGGAGUGGGCAAUCGUACUCCAAAUCAUAGUAUAUUAACCCCUAUCCUCCCGGGCGAUGCCAAGUCUCAGAAUCGCAACUUCAAUGUCUGUGGUAGCCCUGAUUCACUCUCGGGUUACGGAAGAUUAUUACUCAAUGGAAGGCAACCAAAAACACAAACACAAGCACUUGUGGAAAGAGCAAGGUCCGUGUUGGAGAAACUGCAGUCGGAGAGCGGAAAGUUAGAGGAUGUGAAGAAUGACCUGCAGACAAAGAUUGGGGUCUUGGAUUGCCGCCUCGGCUCUCUCACCGCAGAAGAGGAAGCUGUUCCGGCAUGGAGCUUUCAUUCCAGGUUCCAUUUCAAGGACUGUAGCUCUUCAGACACACCUGGAAACGAGAAGAGGUCUGAAAUCAGCGAUCUUUCCAAGUACAUUGAGGCAUUGAAUGCGAUACUUGAAGAGAAGUUGCUGCUCACAGAGAUGAAGGAGAGAACGGAAGAGGUGCAGAGCCUAUCGACAGAGGUUCGACGUCAGCAGCUUCGCCUGGAAACUUGUGAAAACACGAUGAAACAGUUAGUGGAGACCAUCAGGUGCAAAAAUGACGACAAAGAUGCCUAUCGCAAGCUAGCAAAGAGCACCUCAGAGUCGGAGAGAGGAGCGGCAAAUGACCAAACAGAUUUGGCGGGACCAUUAUCUCAGUCGUCGUCGUUGUCGUUGUCAUCGUCGUCCAAAGUGAGAUCGAGGCUAGGGGCGCUUUUAUCAGAUGCAAAGGAGAAGGAGACUAGAUUGCAAACGGAGAUUGAGGCCUUGAUCUGGGAAAUUGAAAAGGGAAAGGACGAGGAGAGACAACUAUGUGCCGAGGAGCAGUUGCUUCGAUCUGCAGACAUUUCUGCACAGCUGCACCACUGCUCUGAGCAGUUGGCAGACGCACAGCGGCAAUUGGCUGAGUGGGAGAAGACUGUGGACGACAGGAGCAGAGAGGAUAAAGAGAAUUUGGACCGCAUCAAUCACGAGACGAAGCAGCUCAAACGCUUGGAGAGUGAGGCUAGCAACCUGGCCAUUGUGAUAGAGCGAUUGAGUGCAAGCUUGAAGACAGAGGAAAAAGUGAAAUUGUGCUUGCAAAAGGAGUACGAGGAGCUGAGAGGACUGGAAUCGCAGCUUGAACGUAAUGCUACUUUGAGCAGCGAAGGGGUUCAACUGACAGGCGUGGACAUUUGCGACGAGCGGCAGUACAACAGCGUGAAGCGGAAACUUCGACAACUUAUCAAAGAGCGGUCUCAGCAGUCCGACCAAGAGCGUCAGGUGUCGAUCGAAGAGCAGGCGGGUUUUCGCGACCAGGUUGAGAAGCUGGAAAUGUACAAAGAACGUGCGUCGUCAUUCAUGAAAUCGAUUGAGAAAUUGAAUGACAGCAUUGAGAAGAUCAGAUCUGGGGUGGUCAAAGUCAACGAGUUGACUUUUCAUGCGAUCCGAAGGUCUUUCGUUCAGUCGUGCAGGAAGCUCUUGCCGAACAAGGUCGUUGACAUUGUCCAGGUUGGCAGCGAGGUUGAGGGCGGGUUGAAGUUCGUGCUUGCCAACACAAAGCCAAUGCCAGCAGACACAGCAGAUGGAUGGACUCCAGCAGCAGUUGCUGUCCGGGAAACCUACGUGGAGAACGCAGAAGGCGGUCCGUCAACGAGGAGCGGGGUUGAAGAGGACGCCAAGGGUCUGAGCACUGGUGUCGUGUGGACAAGUGGGCUGGGCGAGCUUUCGGGGCCCACUCGAGGUGGUACCACCACCGAACCAUACACGAAGGAGGAGGAGGAGAAGAUGGCCGCCAUCCUGCAGGAGAGGAAGGAGAAGAAGGAGGCCAAGAAGAAGGCCUUGAAAGAGGAACAGGCGGCCAAACUAAAGAAGAUGGAAGAAGAGAUGGGCAGGGAGAAAGAGAGGUUGAAAAAGGAAGAAGAAGAGAAGCUGAAGGAGCACAGUGGCAGCAGCAGUGAUGAGAUGGAGAAGAAGAUUUCGGAGUGGGUCGCCAACUUAUCCUUGGGUGAGGAGGAUGAGGUCGCUAUGUACAUCCCCAAGGAUGAGCAAGAAGCCGCCAUGAAGAAAUGGGAAGCAGAAGAAGAUGUUCUGACGCGGCGGGCGAUGGAGGAUGAACAGAGGAUGGCGUGGAAGCUCGCAGUGAUGAGGGAGAAGAAGAGAAGAGUGGAGGCGGCGAAUGUAGCAAUGCAAGAACUAGCGGAGGUGAGGACUGCCUUAACAGCACAAUUGACUCCGCAAGUAGAUCUCCAACGCAAAGUGGAGAUCAUCGUCCAGAGCGUUGACCGGUUAGCUAAAGUGCAAGAAAAGCACUAUGAGUUUAGUCGCAGCCAGGAGAUAUCCGUGCGUUCGAUGCGAACGGGAUUACGGGAUUUUGCUCGCGAACUAGUAGGCGCUGUGGGAUCCGAGGUCUCCCCGGAUCAAUUGGUGAAGAAGGAGAAAUUAGAGGAACAGGUCUUUGUUGCCUAUGUUAGGCCCGUCACUGAGCCUACGGAAGAGAAGCCGAUGGACCCUGCGAUUGCCAAGCUGCUGGAGGAGUUUAAGGAUUUGACUGAGCCGCCGACAUGCACGGUGUCACGGCCCAUCCAGCACUGUAUCGAGAUAGAGCCUGGCAGUGGAACUCCUAAGGGUGUUGUGUAUAGGAUGUCCCCGCGGGAGUUAGAGGAGCUUCGCAAGCAAUUAGACGAGCUCCUCGAGAAGGGUUGGAUUAGGCCCAGUUCAUUGCUGAGAAAAGAGACAAUCUGGAAGUGGGACAAGGACUGCACGUCCGCCAUGAAGAAGCUAAAGCAGGCGUUGAUAGAGUAUCCGGUCCUUAAGGUCGCCGAUCCGUCCUUGCCUUUUGUUGUUACUACGGAUGCUAGCCAGUACGACAUAGGCGCAGUGUUACAGCAAGACGAUGGCAAUGCCUAUCGACCCGUAGAGUUCAUGUCCGCUAGGAUGCCUUCAGAGAAGGUUGCGACAUCUACCUAUGAGAGGGAACUCUACGCUCUCAGGCAAGCAUUAGACCACUGGAAGCACUACUUGCUUGGGAGGCACUUCAAAGUCUAUUCGGACCAUGAAAUGUUACAGUGGUUAAAGACCCAGGCCAAGAUGACACCUAAGCUUACUAGGUGGGCCGCCGAGAUAGAUCAGUACGACUUCGAGCUCAAGCCUGUCAAAGGGAAGUACAACGUAGUCGCGGAUGCUCUGAGUAGGAGAGCAGAUUACUUUGGGGCAAUAGUACAUUACCAUGAUAUAGGAAAGGAUCUGCAGCAGAAGGUUAGAGAAGCCUACGCGCAGGACCCUAUCUAUAAUGAGCUGCUCACGCGAGUCAAGGAGGCCCCAAAGACCGAGCCGAACUACCGCACUACUGGAGGGUUACUCUUCGAGAAGACUAGUGUCUUUGACCGGUUGUGCAUCCCCAAUAGCGAAGAGAUCUGUAGUCUGAUUAUGGGGGAAUGUCACGACACAGAGGGUCAUUUUGCUGUAGAAAGAACGAUGGCAGCUGCAGCGGCUAGCGCAGUAGCAAUGGCUACCUCUGCAGCAACGUCUGCCUCGUCUGACUUUACGCUUGGAAUGUCGGACACUAACGCGCAGUCCAUCUCCACUACGACAGGCUCCGAAACCAAUCAGAUGGCAGGCGUGCAGUCCAGCUCGCCCCCUCCAUGCACCAGGGAGCAUAUGGAGCUCCAACAAGUAGAGAGGAUCCGCUUAAGGGUAGAGGAGGAACUUAAAAAGGCUACUGAAAGAGAGAAUGAGAUUAGGAAUAGAAGUGUCAAACUAUUGGGUAGGAUGGCAUACAAAGCUGCUUUAGAGGGGUUAGAUGACUCGACGCUUGACAACACUACAAAGAUUCACAAGGCGAGCAUCCUGUCCAUGCACGUGUACAUGGACGGCAAACUGGACGCUAUCGAGGAUACCCUGGACCAGAUCCUGAAUGCCAUGCAUAGGCCAGGAGUCAGGCCAGCAGUUUUGCCAUCGCUGUCAUUCUCAGCGAUGACAGGCCUGUAUCCGCCUCAGUCUGGUACCACACCAAGCGGUACUUCAUCAACAACUUCAUCUCAGACUGUUGCUUCUUCAUCUUCUGGUCCACCCGCUGGUGCUACACCUGAGCCGCCACCUGGCUCACCGGUGGGACAGCAACAACCAUGGUACCCCAAAACCCCAUUGAAACCACUCUCCACCUUCUCAGGUGAUAAGAAGGAGAAGGCUCUCGACACCUGGUUGAGAACGGUUCCAGUGUGGGUAAGGGCGAAGAGGACACUGGUAGAGGAAGAAGUGAUAACAACUACAUCUUACCUAGAAGGUUCAACAACUCGCUGGCUAAAUGGAUUAGUUUUUUCAAAGGGAUUCGACAGGAACAUGGGUGAUUGGGCUAAGACCCAUACCCUAAAGAGUUUUAUGGAUUUGGUGGAAGCGCGAUGGCACAACCCACAACAAGCACGGACUGCCGCUGAUGGGUUGCUAGAACUUGAUGCAAAAAAGUACAAGUAUGUGCGCGAGCUCACCUCUACCGUAGAGCGUUUGGUUGUCGUCCCUGGUGUACAAAAUAAUCCACAGGUCUUAUUGACCAUGUUCUUGAGGUGUCUUCGCGUUGGCAUCAAGAACUCGCUUGCCAGUGAGGCUCGACUAGAGUAUCACACGUUUGAGACCUUUAGCAAAAAGGCCUUAGACUUAGAGGCUAUGCUAGGAGGUGCUCAGACACCCUCUACUGACAGAAGGAAGAAGAAGAGUCCACAAGAGUGGAAAAAGAAGGGUAGUCGAUUAACGAUGGUUGAUCCCGAAGGGAAUCAAACUGAGCUGGAUGAUGUGUCUGAUCUUGUGGACGGUACAAAGUUUGACAAGGAGGAUAGUGUUGAGGCUAGCAACCUCGCUGCAGUAGUAAAAGGAAAGGCAGGUGGUCGCAGCAAGGGCGGUCAACAGAGGAGUCAGGGGCAAAGCCCCAACCCGAACAAGAUAGCGGCAUGGGUUCGUGCGGGUUUGGAUCAAGAUGCGGGAUCGUUACACGCGGGGUGCUUGCAUUAACAGCGGCGAGUAUGGCCAUCAGCAGUUCAAUGCAAGAACGCGA